CGUCUGCGAUACCUACGCCGACAGCCCGAACUCCCCUUGUGGGGAAUCAUCCAAUGACUCUUCGGAGAAGAAUCACCUAAAGAGGAAGGUAUCUGUCAUGACCUCAUUCCCACGCCUCGUUCCCAUUGGCCUAGCCUUGGCUUAG